AUCUCGAUAGAAACAAAGGCACUGUUAAACGUUCCGCUUCAGAAUUUAGUCUGCUAUGAGUGCCACACAAGCUAACUGAAAGCUAAGGAAGCGUAUGAUCUACGGCGAUAUGAUCCGUGACAUAUUUGUGAACCCUAAGUGAAGAAAAGGAAGACCAUCUACCUAAAGACAUGGAAAAGGAAGUCCCCAGUCCGAACGCAGCAGAAAGGGUGCAAAAUAAGGUACAAUGUUGUAAUGAAGAACAUGUUCCUGGUGAGGACAGCCCACCGAUGGAGGAGAAAAGCGAAGAUAGUGAAGCUGAUGUUAUAAAUCGUGGUGACUGCAAAAAAGAGACAAUAAAAAAAGAGAAAUUAGCCACAACAGAAGGGACUGCUUCAGAUGAAAGUCGCGUCACAACGAACGAACCAUCAGAAUUAACUUUACAAAUCCCAAAUGACAAAGCGAAUGACCAGGGCGAUGAACCGGAAAAUGAAAACAUCUCAGCCACGAACAAGUCAGAUAAUAAAUUUGGAGAUGCUUCAGAGGAAAGACAGGCUAAACCUGAGAGCCCAACACAGCAGUUAGAUGACCACGGUAAUAAUGUUGAAAACAUCGGUCCUACCACUCCAGAGGCUUCAGACACAAGUCAAACCACGACACAGGGAGCAUCUGAAACAACUGUUCCACCAACCCAAGAUGAACAAGAUGAUCGGAUAGAUGGAGGCAAAAGUGAGAAAAAAGAAAUCUCAGCACAGACGGAGAAGAAAAGCAAUCCUAGUCAAACUGAUGGCAAACAAUUGUUAUCAAAAAAUGAGAAAAAAGUCACGAUAGAGCCAAAAUCAGAUGAAAGUCGCGUCACAACGAACGAACCAUCAGAAUUAACUUUACAAAUCCCAAAUGACAAAGCGAAUGACCAGGGCGAUGAACCGGAAAAUGAAAACAUCUCAGCCACGAACAAGUCAGAUAAUAAAUUUGGAGAUGCUUCAGAGGAAAGACAGGCUAAACCUGAGAGCCCAACACAGCAGUUAGAUGACCACGGUAAUAAUGUUGAAAACAUCGGUCCUACCACCCCAGAGGCUAGUCAAACUGAAGAUCCACAAGUUACUAGCGGAAGUGGAAAAUACUGGCUAGCAGUUGCUAUAGUAGUGGCAAUUGUUGCUAUCGCGCUGCAUUUUCUUCAGCCAGAAUCUCCGCCUCAGACGAAUGAUGUACCGAAGAUAGACGACUUCCUCAGGCAGCUGGAAAAAGUAAAGACUCGGUUUCCUAACCAGCGUGCUGAGCUCUGGAAUAGGGGCAGGAUCCACCUUAAGAGACACCUUCAGACCACACAGCCCACGGAGCCCGUGAGUCUGAUUCUCACUGCAGGCCUCAGAGCUGAGAAGACGCUGAACUGCCUAGCUCGGGACCUGGCCUCCGCCUACUCUUCUGCCCUGAACGCCUCCGUCCUCCACAUAGAUGGAGCCAGCAAAGCCAGCCAGGACAGUGACCACGUCAAACUGGACAUUGACAGGAAGUUGCAGGGAGCUUUUGAUGGAGACAAACCUGUAGCCGUCAUUCAUCGCUUUGAAGAGCUACCUCCGGGCUCCACGCUAAUUUUUUAUCGUUAUUGCGACCACGAGAAUGCCGCAUACAAGAACACUUUUCUGAUCUUCACUGUACUGCUGGGGGAAGAAGACGAGAUUCCUGCUAAGAUUAGCUUGUGUGCUGUUGAGGAGAUGGUGGAUGACCACCUUCAAAAAAAAUUCCUCACUCAUGGCCACCCAGUGUCUUUUGACAUGAUGGACCUGGACAAAUAUGGUGGACUGUGGAGUCGUAUUUCUCACCUUAUCCUCCCCGUGGCAGCAGAGCAGAGAAUAGAGCUUGAAGGGUGCUAGAGAGCAGAAGCAUUCAUUCUAGUCUGAACUUUUAAUCUGGGCACUAAGCUGGGUAAUUGAUCAUUUGGGAGGUAGUAGACCUCAAGGAUAUUGAAUAUACAGAAGUGGACUUUCAGAAUGAAUGAGAAUCAUUAUGGUAUGGGAUUUAAAGUCAUUUCUCUGAUCAGAUGUAAUUAUGAACAGAUAAUUGUAAGUUUAUUUGGUCUCUGCAUUAUAUUUAAAAUUUUGAAGGUAAUUUCUGCAUUUUAAUAAAUACUUGGAGUCACAAGAUAGAAGGAAGAACAAUUCUUUUGGUAUCACGGCAAUGGGGUUUUUAAUUGUUAUUGCAAAUGUCUUCUGUGAUUCGGAAACUUGCAUGGCACCGACAUGCCUUAACUGAACAUACAAAGUCCUUUUUGUCUAUAUGUAUAUGUACACGUUACACUACGGGAUAAAAAAUGAAGAUAAGUACAUAAAUUAUAUGUGCCUUAAAGUAAAAAAUAAACGCUGAAGAAUUUUA